GGGCUGGGCCGGGCAGGGCAGGGCAGGGCGGCACCAUGCAGCUCCCGCUCCCGCUCCGGCUCCUGGGCUGCCUCGCGCUGCUGCUGCCGCCGGGCUCCCCGGCCCCGGCCCCGGCCCCGGCCCAGCCCGCAGUGCAUACUUGCAAGAGCCGGCCCCUGGACCUUGUGUUUAUCAUAGACAGUUCUCGUAGUGUCCGAGUCGAGGAGUUUGAGAAGGUGAAAAUCUUCCUGUCAAAAAUGAUUGAUACUCUGGACGUAGGAGAAAGAGCCACCCGUGUGGCAGUCUUAAAUUAUGCCAGCACAGUCAACAUUGAGUUCCCCCUCCGGACCUAUUUCGACAAAGCCUCCAUGAAGGAAGCUGUGUCCCGCAUUGAACCCUUGUCUGCCGGCACAAUGACUGGCCUAGCCAUUCAGACAGCCAUGGAAGAAGUCUUUGCUGAAGAAGCAGGGGCUCGGCCAUCUUCUCUCAAUAUCCCCAAGGUAGCCAUCAUUGUGACAGACGGGCAUCCCCAGGACCAGGUGCAGGAGAUAGCAGAUAGAGCCCAGGCUUCUGGCAUCGAGAUCUACGCAGUUGGAGUAGGCCGGGCAGACAUCCAGUCCUUGAGGCUGAUGGCCAGUGAGCCACUGGAUGAACAUGUCUCUUAUGUGGAGACCUACGACGUGAUCGGAAAGUUGACAUCCAAAUUCAAGGAGACUUUUUGUGAUGUGGAUAUGUGUGCACUUGGGACCCAUGAUUGUGAGCAGGUCUGUGUCAGUACCAAUGGCUCCUAUACCUGUGACUGCUACGAAGGCUUCACCUUGAAUCCAGACAGGAAAUCUUGCUCCAGGGUUGAUGUAUGUGGACUCGGAACCCAUGACUGUGAGCAGGUCUGUGUGAAUGCUGACCGGUCCUUCAGAUGUGACUGCUACAAAGGCUACACCUUGAAUCCAGACAGGAAAACUUGCUCCAGAGUGGAUGUAUGCGCACUUGGAACCCACGACUGUGAGCAGCUCUGUGUGAAUGCAAACGGGUCCUUCAGAUGCGACUGCUACGAAGGCUAUACCUUGAAUCCAGAUAAGAAAACUUGCUCCAGGCCAAAUAUAUGUGCACUUGGAACCCACGAUUGCCAGCAGAUCUGUUUGAAUAUUGAUGGGUCCUACGGAUGUGACUGCUAUGAAGGCUACACCUUGAAUCCAGAUCGGAAAACUUGCUCCAGAGUGGAUGCGUGUGCACAGGGAUCCCAUGACUGCCAGCAAGUCUGUGUGAAUACUGAUGGUUCCUACAGCUGUGACUGCUACGAAGGCUUUACCUUAAAUCCGGAUAAGAAAACAUGCUCUAGAGUGACACCCAGCAGUCUGCUCACAACUGAAGAAUCAUGUAAGUGCGAAGCUCUGAUUACAUUCCAAAACACAAUCACCUCAUUCCUGGAGACACUAUCCACAAAACAUAUCCUUUUAUCCCACAUUAUCUUUUCAAUUGCUACUAUUUUAGAUAGUUCUUGAAUCAUUUUUUUCUAUAAAUCAAUAGGGGAAUGAACUUCAAAGCAGAUAGAUUUUUUGUUUAAUGAGGUUUUUGGAAGUGGUGAGUUGAACAAAGGACCUUUUGAAUACAACUGCAAGUUACAAUGUCUAUAUUUUAGUAUUCAUGUAAAGAAAUUAGAUGUAAAACAACUUAAUCAAUGCUAUUUAGGCCUAUUCUCUAACUUUAUAUAUUCAACUAAUGUGUCAUCUAACUCUGGUAUAUGCCAGCUCUGAUCACUUGUAGUUCUUAUACAUUAAAAAUAAUGUUUACAAUACAAUAAUACAUAUCCAGAUUUGUCUCUCCCAGCACUGCAAAGUAAUUACGACUUACAGUUGCAACAGUUUGAUCAGUUACAAUAAUUCUGCACCUUCAAAAUACCACUGAAUAUUAUGAUCAUAAAUAUCUGAUGAAAAAACAUUCACUGUCAGUUCACCUUAGAGCUUUUUCUUUGAGGAAUGCAUUGUUGAUCCAAAUUAUUAUUAUUUUUUAUAUAAGUACAGAGUUAUAUGAGACAUUUAACUAACAUGGGAGGAAGAUAAAUUAAGGUAUUGAAUUUUGUGGCACGGUAAUUAGCACCUGCCUGGGUAAGUAUUGUUAGAAACAGAGGCAGAUCUAGGAGGGGGAAGCAGGGGAACAUGGCUGAAACUUCUUCCCCUCAACUUUUUGGACUGGACCGCAUCAUGGGAGGUUCUGGGAACUAUUUUAAAGUUCCCAAAGUACACAAGAAUU